GAGAACCUCACUUUAUAAAUAAUUACAGUCGCUAGGCAUCAGCGGUGUCACCCUCCUUCCCCGCAACAGAAACCAGGGUCCUUUCCUAGCGCCGGCGCUUAGUGCUGAGGUAAGAGAGGCGCGGGGCAGCCGGUUCUGCGGCACCUGUUCGCGCACAGGGGGUGGGCGCUCGCGCUCGGGAAGUGGUGACGUCCUCGUAAAGGGUCGGGGAGUUUCGGAGACACGCAGCAAUGUUUGGAGUAGCAGCGGCGGCGCGAGGGCUCCUGUAGGUGGCUCGUGCCUCACGCCCAGCAGCUGUAGCAGGGGUGUGCAUUGCUUGGAAGGAUUAAAGGGGGGGGAAAAUGUUUCCCUUGAAGGAUGCUGUGAUGGGUGCCUCCACUUUCUUUGCUUCAGCUCUGCCACAUGAUGUCUGUGGAAGCAAUGGUCUUCCUCUCACGCCAAACUCCAUCAAAAUUUUGGGUCGUUUUCAAAUCCUUAAGACAAUCACCCAUCCCAGACUUUGUCAGUAUGUGGACAUUUCUAGAGGAAAGCAUGAGAGGCUCGUGGUGACUGCUGAACACUGUGAAAAGAGUCUGGAAGAUUUGCUGCGAGAGAGGAAACCUUUGAGCUUUUCAAGGAUUUUACGCAUAGCAUAUGAGGUAUUGCAGGGUUUGCAAUAUAUGAACAAACAUGGAAUGGUCCACCGAGCACUCUCCCCUCACAAUAUCCUCCUGGAUAGAGAGGGGCAUAUUAAAUUGGCUAAGUUUGGACUAUACCACAUGACAGCUCAUGGUGUUGAUGUUGAUUUUCCUAUAGGGUACCCAUCAUACCUGGCACCUGAAGUAAUUGCGCAGGGAUUUGUCAAACCUAGUGAUCACACUCAGUGUGAGAAGCUGCUGCCCUCUGGCCCUAAAUCAGAUGUGUGGUCUCUUGGUAUUAUUUUAUUUGAGCUUUGUGUGGGUAGAAAACUGUUCCAGAGCUUGGAUAUAGCUGAAAAACUAAAACUUCUGCUUACAUUAGGCUGUGUGGAUGACAUUGUAACCGUAUUAGCUGAAGAACAUGGUUGUCUGGACAUUAUUAAGGAACUUCCUGAAAAUGCCAUUGCUCUAGUGAAGAAAUUCCUUACAUUUCAACCUUCCAAAAGGCCAACUCCAGACCAGUUACUGUGUGACAAUAUGUUCAAUGAAGUAGCCUCUAUAUACCCAUCCUUCCACAAACCUGCCAGUCUGUUCUCCUCCUCUCUGAGAUGUGCUAAUUUAACGCUUCCAGAGGACAUCACUCAGCUGUGUAAAGAUGAAGACUGUGAUUACCUAGCAGAAAGAUCAAUUGAAGAGGUGUAUUAUCUCUGGUGUUUGGCUGGAGGAGACUUGGAGAAAGAACUUGUCAACAAGGAAAUCAUUCGAUCAAAACCACCCAUCUGCACGCUUCCCAACUUUUUAUUUGAAGAUGGUGAGAGCUUUGGGCAAGGACGAGAUAGAAGUUCCCUCCUAGAUGACACAACUGUGAUACUGUCGCUGUGUCAACUCAGAAAUAGACUGAAAGAUGUUGGUGGGGAAGCAUUUUAUCCAUUGCUUGAGGAUGAGCAGUCAAAUUUACCCCAUUCAAACAGUAAUAAUGAGCUAUCUGCAGCAGCCAAUCUUCCUCUGAUCAUCCGAGAGAGGGACACAGAGUACCAGCUACACAGAAUUGUUCUAUUUGACAGGCUACUGAAGGCUUAUCCAUACAAAAAAAAUCAAGUCUGGAAGGAAGCCAGAGUUGACAUUCCUCCACUUAUGAGAGGUUUAACCUGGGCUGCCCUGCUGGGGGUUGAGGGUGCCAUUCAAACAAAAUAUGAUGCCAUUGAUAAGGACACUCCAAUUCCUACAGAUAGACAAAUUGAGGUUGAUAUUCCUCGUUGUCAUCAGUAUGAUGAGCUGCUGUCAUCGCCAGAGGGUCAUGCAAAGUUUAGACGGGUAUUGAAGGCCUGGGUAGUUUCUCAUCCUGAUCUUGUGUACUGGCAAGGUCUUGAUUCACUUUGUGCACCAUUUCUGUACUUGAAUUUUAACAAUGAAGCUCUUGCCUAUGCCUGCAUGUCUGCUUUUAUUCCCAAGUAUCUGUAUAACUUCUUUUUGAAGGAUAAUUCUCAUGUCAUUCAAGAAUACCUGACAGUGUUCUCCCAGAUGAUUGCAUUCCAUGACCCAGAGCUGAGUAACCAUCUCAAUGAAAUUGGCUUUAUUCCAGAUCUGUAUGCUAUUCCUUGGUUUCUCACAAUGUUUACACACGUCUUUCCACUGCACAAGAUUUUUCAUCUGUGGGAUACAUUACUGCUUGGCAAUUCUUCCUUCCCAUUCUGUAUUGGAGUGGCUAUUCUGCAGCAACUGCGUGACCGGCUUCUAGCUAAUGGAUUCAAUGAAUGCAUUUUGCUCUUUUCAGAUUUACCAGAAAUUGACAUUGAACGUUGUGUCCGUGAAUCAGUCAACCUCUUUUGCUGGACCCCUAAGAGUGCAACAUACAGGCAACAUGCACAGCCUCCAAAGCAAGCCAGUGAUGGCAGUGGCUCAAGAGGUUCAAUGUCCUGCUUCACAGCAGAUUAUCAGGAUGCACCUAAAAGUGACCUGUCUAGGGACUCUAUCCAGUUGAAUGACCUGAAGGCGGAAGUGUCACCACGGAUUUCAGCAGAAGAUCUGAUUGACUUGUGUGAGCUGACAGGACCUAGUCACUUCAAAACGCCAACGAAGAAAACCAAAUCUAGCAAGCCAAAACUGCUUGUAGUUGACAUCCGUAAUAGCGAAGACUUUAAUCGUGGCCACAUUUCAGGCAGCAUCAACAUUCCAUUUGGCUCAGCAUUCACUGCGGAAGGAGAGCUCGUCCAGUGCCCUGCUACUGCCACACUCCAGAGCUUCAAAGGAAGAGUUGUUGUGAUUGUAGGACAUGUGGUGAAGAACACAGCUUGUUUUGCAGCUCAUCUAGUGCAAAUCAAAUAUCCAAGAGUCUGCAUUCUGGAUGGAGGCAUAAACAAGAUCAAGCCAACUGGUCUUCUGACAGUUCCUUCUCCACAGAUAUGAGCAACUACAAAUUUUGAGAGAAUUUAAAGUUAGAGGGUUCUGUCGACUGUGUGUGAGCAUCAUAAAUCCUAAGGGCAUUAUGACAUCUGCGGUAUACAAGAAAUCCAAAUGAUCACUGUCUUUCCAUGUGGAUCUGGAGUGAAGAAGCUUUGAUUUUAUCAUUUGACAUGGAACUUCAGUUGGACUGGAUGAAAAAUGUGAAACUUUAAAUCUUGCAAGGGACUUCCUUCAGCAGCAAUGAAAUCUGCAUCAAGCAUUGUUAGGUUCCAGUAUAAAAGCAGUGUAGCUAAGGUAAAUAUUUAGGGUCUAUACAUAUUUCAGCAAAACAGGAGAAACCAUUGCCAGAGAGAUCACAGUUGCAUUAAAUAGAUUAUUUUUUAGAAAUAUUUUAGAGUGUGAAUAUUGAAAAUAAUAGGAUGAAAUCUUUCUACAAAUAACAUUUUUUCCCUAUCAAAUCUUUAAAGAAUAAAUGCUGCAUUUAGUGAUCCACUUUCUGUUUUCUGAUCUGGACAGGAAAUGAAAUUAAAUAAAUCCCAAACUGGAAAUCACUGUUCAGAGUACGGCUGAAUAUAUCCAAAUAUAUACCUUCUUUUAGAGAAUUGUUCAUUCAGCUUUCAUUUACUCUGUUAUUACCGUAGCUGUUUCAGAGUAGGCCUCAUUCUGUGCAAAUAGUUUCCCAAAACAUGAGAAUUUUUAAAAUAUGCAGAAAAAUAGGCUUCUGACUGUACUUUGGGAAGUGACAAAAUAUUAAUUAGCCAAAAAAUAAUAAUACUGGUCCAUAUUUGAAACACUUAUAAAGAAAAAAAGCUGUUCUGUUUUUUCACACCAUAGGACUCCCCAACCUUUCAUAGAAAUGUACAUUCUAAUUGAAGGUGGAAAAGGUGUAUUGGGUGAUCUGCUUUAUUCCACCUGCCAAGUAUAGUCCCUUUUUGAAGGACCACUUCUUGAGUCUGAACUUUAAAACUGACACACUGAGUCAGCAAUCAUCUCUCUAAAAUAUAGUAUACUCCAGUGCUGCAGUUGAGUGAAAGCAAGAAGCACAAGUGGGAUGAGAUGGCUUUGGGAAAAGAGAGUUUGGAAAUGACUUUUCUUGCAAUCAGAAGCCAAGAGUGUCAAAAACAGAGAGAGAGCAGGAAAUGGGGUCUGUCUGCUGCCAAGGAGCUAAAAGGAAGGGUGACUUUAUUUUUUGUUAUGUUGUUUUGGCUUUAUUUGUGUGAAACUCACCUUUUUGGAUAUGGUGAAAAAUACCUGAAUUCUAUACCUCACAGUUCUAGCUUUCGCCAGUUUAGCCCCAGCUUUGCUAUGGUUCCAAAAAUUCAUUUUUCUAAGUAAUUUUUUUAAAAAAUCUCUAAAAAUAUACAAUAAUCUAUAUCUUCCUGUACAUCACUGAUAAAAGUAUAAUAUUUGUAUUCCAAAAAAGAUCUGAUGCAGGCUGUAGGCUUCCUAAAUCAAUGGCAUUAAAAUAAAUGUAUUGUGCUCUAAUGCUCUGAGAGCAAGAGCCAGUGAGGGAGAGCUAAUGUUUAAAGGGAAAAAACUUUGAGAUGGUACUAAGAAUAUUCCUUUAACUUUAAAAUGAGAAAACUUCCUUAUACAUUCUUCUGGGUAUUAUCUGCUUUUAAAAUGUGUUUGUAGAUAUUAAAGUAGCUUGUAAAAUAAAAAGCAUUGAAGAUUU